AUUUAAAAAGAUAUAAGACGGAAAAUGAACCUGAGAAGAAAGAGAAUAAAGGAAAACAAAAAAAAGACGAGAGAGAUUCACAUCUCACCCAAAUUCUCUCUCCUCUUCAGGUAGUGAACUGGCAUUAAGUUGUACCUUGAUCUUGGGCUGGUACAGAAGUUGACAAUGAACCAGCGGAAUACCAUUGAUUUAGAUCAAGGAUGGGACUUCAUGCAAAAAGGGAUUACAAAACUGAAAAAUAUAUUGGAAGGACUACCUGAGCCACAAUUCAGCUCAGAGGACUACAUGAUGCUCUACACGACAAUAUAUAACAUGUGUACCCAGAAGCCCCCUCAUGAUUAUUCUCAGCAAUUGUAUGACAAGUACCGGGAGUCUUUUGAAGAGUACAUUACUUCAACGGUAUUGCCUUCUUUGAGGGAGAAGCAUGAUGAGUUCAUGUUGAGAGAGCUCGUGAAAAGAUGGUUGAAUCAUAAAAUCAUGGUGCGAUGGCUUUCAAGAUUCUUUCACUAUCUUGAUCGGUACUUUAUAGCCAGAAGAUCACUUCCAGCACUUAAAGAAGUUGGUCUGACUUGCUUCCGGGACCUGGUGUACCAGGAGAUAAAUGGGAAAGUGAGAGAUGCUGUUAUAUCACUGAUUGAUCAAGAGCGGGAAGGAGAGCAAAUAGACCGGGCUUUAUUGAAGAAUGUAUUGGAUAUCUUUGUUGAAAUUGGAAUGGGGCAGAUGGAUUAUUAUGAGAACGACUUUGAAGCAGCAAUGCUGAAGGACACAGCUGCUUACUAUUCCCGGAAGGCUUCAAACUGGAUCUUAGAUGAUUCAUGUCCUGACUAUAUGUUGAAAGCUGAGGAGUGUUUGAAACGAGAAAAGGACAGAGUUUCCCAUUAUCUUCAUUCAAGUAGUGAGACAAAGUUGCUUGAGAAAGUACAACAUGAGCUAUUGUCUGUGUAUGCAACUCAACUGCUUGAGAAGGAGCACUCUGGUUGUCAUGCAUUACUCAGGGAUGAUAAGGUAGAAGAUUUGUCAAGGAUGUAUAGACUCUUUUCCAAAAUACCUCGAGGGCUAGAGCCUGUGGCCAAUAUAUUUAAGCAGCAUGUUACUGCUGAAGGUACUGCUUUGGUUAAACAAGCUGAAGAUGCUGCAAGCAACAAGAAGGCAGAUAAGAAAGAUGUCGUUGGGCUGCAGGAACAGGUAUUUGUCAGAAAAGUUAUCGAACUCCAUGACAAAUUCAUGGCAUAUGUGAAUGAUUGUUUUCUAAAUCACACGCUUUUCCACAAAGCUCUCAAAGAGGCGUUUGAAGUCUUCUGCAACAAGGGUGUUGCUGGAAGUUCUAGUGCAGAACUUCUUGCCACGUUUUGUGAUAACAUUCUGAAAAAGGGUGGGAGUGAAAAGUUGAGUGAUGAGGCUAUUGAAGAAACACUGGAGAAGGUGGUGAAACUGCUUGCUUAUAUCAGCGAUAAGGACCUGUUUGCUGAAUUCUAUAGGAAAAAGCUUGCCCGGCGCUUAUUGUUUGAUAAAAGUGCCAAUGAUGAGCAUGAGAGAAGUAUCCUGACAAAGUUGAAGCAGCAAUGUGGUGGCCAAUUUACAUCAAAAAUGGAGGGGAUGGUCACAGAUUUAACACUAGCCCGGGAAAAUCAAGCAAGCUUUGAGGAAUAUCUUAGCAAUAAUCUGAACGCAAAUCCUGGGAUUGACUUGACAGUGACUGUCCUCACUACUGGUUUCUGGCCAAGUUACAAGUCGUUUGAUCUUAACCUUCCAGCUGAGAUGGUCAAGUGCGUUGAAGUAUUUAGAGAGUUCUACCAGACAAAAACUAAGCAUAGGAAGCUUACGUGGAUAUAUUCAUUGGGUACUUGUAACAUCAAUGGAAAAUUUGAGCCGAAGACAAUAGAGCUUAUUGUGACAACCUAUCAGGCUGCUGCCCUGCUGCUGUUCAAUGCCUCUGAUAGAUUGAGUUAUCAGGAAAUCAUGGCUCAAUUGAACCUAUCAGAUGAUGAUGUUGUUAGGUUGCUUCAUUCACUGUCAUGUGCCAAGUAUAAGAUUCUGAACAAGGAGCCAAAUACCAAAACAAUUUCUCCUACUGACGUUUUUGAAUUUAAUUCAAAGUUCACCGACAAAAUGAGAAGGAUCAAGAUACCUCUCCCUCCCGUGGAUGAGAAGAAGAAGGUCAUUGAGGAUGUUGACAAGGAUAGACGGUAUGCCAUUGAUGCCUCAAUUGUGCGUAUCAUGAAGAGUAGGAAGGUCUUGGGCUAUCAACAGUUGGUAAUGGAGUGUGUUGAGCAAUUGGGUCGAAUGUUCAAGCCUGAUGUUAAAGCAAUCAAGAAGAGGAUCGAAGAUUUGAUCACUCGCGACUAUCUGGAGAGAGACAAGGACAACCCGAACUUGUUCAAAUACUUGGCAUGAAUCAAACAAGCUAGUGAUCAAAUAUGCAAUUCUAUCCCUGCUUUAAGACGAUUCAAAAAAGUAUGCGGACACCUGCUGAGCUGAGACCUCAAAAAAUGCUGCCAGAGGUUUCCAUCACUUUUUGUGACGAUUUACUGGAUGCAACAGGCGUGAGAAUUCUUGUACAUUUUGCAGUAGAAACCGGUAAGGACCACCGCUGCAGAUUGGUCCAUGUUGGGUAAAAGGUGUAAUUUGACAGGUCUGAGCAGUGAUACGAAAUCCAGCUCUCCUCUUCAGAUUCGAUUUUCCAUUGACUAAAAUAUGAAGAUUCGGUUAAAGUAGCCUCCAGAAUGCUGUUGAGUCUUUCAUUUCUUACUAUAUACUUCUCUAAGAUGCAUCGGCUGUUGAUGCUAUGUGUUAUAUAUAUGUCGUUUUUCUUGGCUCUAUUUUCUGAUGCUGAACUGUUUAGUGCUUGCUCGUAGUUCGAUCUGAUCUUGUGUAACAUUGUAUUACGUUUUUAGCUUUGUAGCAGCUGCAAACGACCAAAAAAAAAAAGAGGUUAAAAUAAUAAAAUAUCAGCUUGUUUGACCAC